AUGGCCCAACGACCACCUUUGGCUCGGAUAUCAUCACCCAUCACCCAUCCUCCAUAUGUCCGAGUCCUAUCGACAUAUUUCGUUGCUCCUUGGCAGCAAAUGAUCCACCGAUGGACCACCCAACGGUACAGCGACGUGUUUGGAGAUGCGGGAAGUCUGGGAAGUGAGGCCAAUUACAGUCACAGAGACCUUCACCCGCCACUACAAUACCUCGGUCGUGUUGCCCAGUCCGGUCGAGGUGGAGUUGACCUCGCGUGGGGAGCUAUUGACCCCAAAGCCAACCACGACCAUCACACUGCCACCGAAGACGCAGACGCAGGCGGUCCAUCGAGUGUCAAGUUCAAGCGGAUCGAACUCGUGGACUCCAUCUAUUCGGCUCCUUGGAAAGAUACUAUACCAUACCAGCCGGAUAAACCGUAUGAUGAGCCCGCGAGUAAAUCCAUCAGUACGACAACGAUCAGGAGUACAGUGAUUGUAUACCAAACUACGACUCUGCCAACCCCAUGA